CCUGUACGGACAAAUUUCUGGUAGGACACGAAUGGACGCCGAAGUGGAGCUUAUUGUUUUGCGGUGUCAAAGAUGUCUGGACUGUCAGAAACAGAGCGCGCUGGAUGUAGAAACUUACUGAAGUUGUUAUCGAAAAGCGACCUACUCUCACUUAGUGACACAGUCACGAAUAAGAUGAUAGCUGUGGAAAAUGUGACAGAGGCCAUGGAAACAAUUCUCUCCUUCACAAAAAAUGCUGAGGAGCUCCUGAAAAGGAAGAAGGUUUAUCGCGACAUCAUAUUCAAAUACCUAGCCAAAGAAGGUGUGGCGAUGUCCCCGAACAGCGAGAAACACCAGCUGGUGAAAAGGACACUGGAGCUUUGGUCCUCUGGAAAGGUUGUGUAUGAUAGAGAGACGGCUGAGACCAGACAGAGACCGUCCACACAAACUGUGUCCACAGAUGUGAAGGCUGAGGUGGGAUUUGACCCACAGGUCCUUGGCCAGCAGUUCUGCCAGUGGUUCUUCCAGCUCUUAAAUAGUCAGAACCCCUCGCCGGACCAGUCGCCACAGGACUGGGGACCACAACACUUCUGGCCAGAUGUGAAACUACGCCUCCUUUCAAUAGCUGGCAGUCAACAGAUGGAGGAGUUCCUUGGUGCUGAACUGGUUAGCCUCCGUCUCCUGGCCUUGACCAAGGAAGAGCGCCUCCUCCUCAGCCCCAACCUGGAGCCUCAUGGCCUCAGGACGCUGGCCUCCCCCCACGGCCUGGUACUGGUGGCAGUAGCUGGGACCAUCCACAGAGACGGAACCUGUUUGGGUAUCUUUGAGCAAAUAUUUGGCCUCAUUCGCUCCCCCGAGGAGAACAACAGUUGGAAGAUCAAGUGUGUCAACCUGAAGAUCAGAGGGCAGGAUGCCCUGGGUGGGACAGAGGUGGUGGCACCUGCCUUGAGUUACAACUCCUCUGAAUUGCAGCUUCUCUGCAGCUGAUGACACUCUUUCCUUAUUAUUAUUUAUCCAGGUUUUUUUUUCACUGCGUGCAUGCUUUCUCUUUACAGAUCUAACUUGCCCAAACCUGUUUACCCAGAGAACAGAACUGGCAACUUUACCACUACAAACCUGUCUUUUAACUUAUGUACAGUUCAGCAGUCAUGUCUGAACUGUACAGGUGGUGGACACUGUUGCUUUAAAAUCUACUUGGUAGAUACAUCAUCGAUAUAACAUUACAACAAAGCUUGAGAAAAGGUUCCCUUAUUGUUUUUUGCUUUCCAAAAAAAUGGAAGUCUCUGCUUCUUCUUGGUGUGGGAACAUUUCUAUCAAACAUACUGUAUGUUGAUGCAAAAAAAGUUUUGAUCUGUUAUCCUGUGCCUUAAGAUAAAAUGUAAAUACAGGCAUGGAUGUGCUCUUGUAAAUAUGUAUCAUAUUAAAUAUAAAGGAUUUUAUCACAUUUGUGUACAAUUUUGCUCUACAAUGGCAAGUAUGCUAGAAACAUAAUAAAUAUUAUGUGUUUGUAGGAUAAUACAAAGUCAAAACUGAUUUUGUGUAUAUUCUAAGAUUGCUUUGCUUUCAUAUAAUGAAAGCCAGCCCAUAAUGUUUACAGUGCUAAUGUUAACUGACAGUAACAUUACAAAGUGAGCGUAAUCAUGCAAAUGUCUUAUGUGGGUACAUCAGUGUCCAAUAUCAGGGCAGCAAACAGACGUGCUGAGCUUGUCGGCCACAUGGCAUCGAGGGUGCUGGCCUGCCCUAAAGUGUGGUGCUAAUGGCUGGAGCUGUAACCAUUGUCUUUCUAUACCAGGUCAUACAUUCUAUUCUGUGGGGUUAAACAUUUAUCUGCAUUAAAAGAGCUCAAACCUGUGCAAUGUAA